AUGGUUACCAGAGCGCGUCAAGUUCUUUUCUUUGGGGCCAUUGCAGGCACCAUCAUUGGACAAGAAGUCUAUGAUCGGGCUGCUUUUGACGAGCUUGAAUCUCAGGAUGCCUUUAUUCAGCUUCAGCUGACAGCCUCCGCCGAAUUUCAAGGUUCUGAGGAGAUAAUUGGCUCUACUUCAACUUCAGGACCUUACGAGCUGCACAGUGCAGCAGAUGCAAUUAAUCCGCACGCUAGCUCACAAUUUCUGUCAGUCAUGGUGGAGCGUGUGCAGAAUGUCAGCUUAGACUCAGUACCUCACAAUGAGGAGUAUGUAGAUCAAGGUUCAGGAGACAGUGUAUGCGCAGAAACAGACUCACAUUUGGAUCCAACUGCUGUUGUGAUGAGUGUUUCGGCCGACAUUUUUCGUAGUGGCUGUAAGCCCAGUCUCAUUGCUAAUAAGCAGGUUCACUUCCGCUCCCUUUCUGAGCGGGCAGCAAAGGAUAUGUGUUGUGUGGUGCGUCUUGCCAUCCUUCCGCAGCUUCUGAAUCAGUCUUGCGUUGAGCCGCUAACUUUACACGAUGUGGAAAGUGCCAUAACGAGUGGCUACAAUGAUGAGAGUGCGGUUGCGGUUGUUUAUGUGAUGUUGCGUGUCGUGGACCUGUCCAGAAACCUCAGCAUGGCUUUGGAUGCUGAGGUACAACUGCGACAUCAGAUGAACCUUCCAGAGCCAGCACCUGGAUGGGACUUAUCCUUUACACGCAAAGUCAAGGUCCCCUAUGGUGUGAUGCCGCUAUCUCAACUUUACGAACAUUACCGACAGUUUUUUUCAAAAUAUUAUAACACGAAUGUUAAAUGCUCGGCUGAGGUGCUGCAGAUGUUACGCACCGUUCAGGAAGAGACAAAUGCGCCGUAUCCUAACCGAUGGAAUCUCCUUACGAAGGUGUGUUUGGAUCACGUUCUGCUUGGUGAAAAGGGACUUGCACCGCUGCUUUUGACCCUGUCCCAUUGCCCUAAUCUAUCCUCCCUCAUUGCAAGCAACAACAACCUUAGCGAUGUGCCAUGUGCGUGGCUCUGUGCCUUGUUCCACAAACACCGUUACUUACACACGAUCUCCCUAACAAAUAACAUUAUAUAUGAAGGUGGUGCGGAUCAGCUCUUGCGCCUCGCGCGACGAAAUCACCGGCUCACGAAGGUUCAACUGGACGGCAAUUACUGUUCGCAAGGGCUUUUGAAGCGCCUCCAGUAUGUCACCAAAUGCAGCUCAUGCAGCAUGCAGGACGACCCGCUUAAUAUCAUGUCUCCUGCCUAUGCUGAGAUCACUUCACCAGCUAGUGUUCCUGUUCCUGUGAUAGUGUUCGCUCUGCAGGUGUGGGCUAUGCUUGCGGCGGCGCCGGUUGGCGACGUGGACGUGUGGGUUCGCAACAGCACCACCAUGGACAUGGAUCAGUACGAAGACAGUUCCCUCCAAGGCCGCAGUGAAGCCUUUGAAGCUGCUGAAAAGGCACCCCGGCUCAGUAUCCCUCUGUCUGCCUAUGCACCGCUUCUUAGUGAGAUCAUGCGCACUGUUUAUCUAGGUAUUGCUGCGGUUAUCGAGGAUCCACUCGUGCGCACUGUCUUCAUGGAUAUUCAGGCGCUACAUGAUCAGCGAGAAGAGCUUCGACUCAAAGAUCGCGAUAAAGCAAACCCUCAGAAAGCAGCUAGCUCACCGGAUCUCUCUGUGCAUGAGAAUGUCGAAAAUCAUAGGCUUCCGGUAGACACAGAGAGAAGUGAUGGCGUCCCCCUUCCCGGUGAAAUUAAACGACUCCUCGAGAAGGACGCAGAUUGCGAUGGAGCCGCCGCGUCUGCAUCCUCGGGGUGGGUCGAGGAGGAAGAGGAAAUCUACCAGUCCUCCUUCUUGAACAUCAUAGUCGUCACCUUCAGGGCGCUUGCUGGGGGCAGUAACUGGGCUGAUGCGGUGCAGAGUUUGCGGCACAUUGGAAAGCAGCAGCGAGAGAUCGGGGUGCAAGACGAAGACUACUGGCUUGCAGCCAAUAUCUUCAUGAGGUCACUUCAAAUAUGUCUCGGUAGCGAAGAGAAUGCUCCGAAGAUGCUAUCUGCCUUUUUCAAUGUACUUGUGCUGGGGGUGCGCACUGCAGUUGCUUCUCCUGCGUUGGAAAAUUCCUAA